AACAUGCAAAGAUAUGAUGUUUCUCGAGUAUAUAAAAAUAAGUAGAAUUCUUAUUGACAGGUCAUUGUGGUUAUGUUAAAAUGGUAUCAUGACAGUAGCUACAGGUACUCAAAAAACAACAACGUUUUAUUCUAUUCUGUUACACACGAACAUUAUUUUCACCUCACGAAGCAGUAACAAAUUUAUUUUUAAAUUUUUGCGAAUUACAUGUUCGGUAAAUGUCCGAUGAUGAUUUUUAAUGACCUGAAUUCAAACUCGCAAACGUUUCUUAUUGCUGAUCAUCUUAACUAGUCAUUUGAGUGUGAUGAGAUUUAGUGUAUUUACUUAAUCUGUACAAAUAGUAUGAUACGUGUAUAUGAGAAACUUGAACCCAGGUUCACAUGUUUGUUGGGUUUCGUAUCAUAAUAUUCCUGCGUUUUUUUUUUUACUCUUGAAUAUAAAUAACAUAGCUACACAAAAAUAUGAAUAAUUAAAUCAUUUUUAUUCAUUCCAUUUCGUCAAUAAAAACAUAGAUGAAACCAGGCUUGACGUAAACCAAAAAACGUGAAAUAAAAUUAUUGAACAAGCUGAAGAAAAAUAGAACUCUCAUCCAAUUAAUAAUAGAUGUAGUCAUCAAUAAAAAUCGAACACAGUUCAAAAUGUUGUCAAAAAAAUUCUUUUGCAAAUUUAUUUUAAUUUCAAGAAACUCACAAGAAGAAAAUCUUGGCGGUACAAACAUGAGCGAUAAAUGUACGACUUCUUAUCCAGACGAGCAUGGCGUAUACGAAAUUGUAACAUGUCUUUUAUUUGCUGUGGCUGCUCUCAUCCUCAUUCUCAUCCACUUAUUUUGUCCUGCGCAUAAACAGAGAUGGGCAGUAAGAAAAGAUAAAAACAGGCACGUGAUUAAUAUUGAUGAUGACGUCACAAAUAGGUACGUCAAUGGAUACACCGCUCUUAAAUCCGAUCCUGAUAAACCGCGAAACGGGAUACUUACAUCAACAAAAGCGAAAUCCAGCUUUGAUAACAACAACUUGCAGUCAACACAUUGGAACGGCCAACAAAACCAGGACCCACGACUCAGGUCAUCUUCACUCAACGUCCAGUUUAAGCUUGACAGUAACAGCAACAAUGGUUUUACAAACAUAGGGAAGCAGGGUCCUAGUAAAAACUCUGUUAGUUUCCAGUCUGUUCAUCGUCCACCAUCAUACCUUCACAGUCACAUCAGUCCUACUAUGAAGCGAGCGUCAAGCAGUCAGGAGUUAACCACGGCUUCCAAACGAAGCACAAAUUCUUUAAGCGCUUAUAACAGUCUGCCCAAUGUUAAUCAACCGAACAUGGCCAUCAUGCAAAAGACACCAUCAUUUGAACCGAGUGGUCAGUCAUACUACGACGAGAGAUUAAGCCGGGAUUUUGAAGAAAGCCUUGACGAGGGUGAGAUGCAAUGCACAGUUAGUUAUGAUCGAGCAAGGUAUUUACUUAUUUUGGAUACACUAGCCAUCCAAACAACCUUGCCACCUGGGGCACCUGGAUUUGUUGUCGAAGUGACUUUAGCACCAAAACCUUCCGAAGUUAUCCGUUCUAAAGUGUACGUUACAAAUCAACCCGAGGUCGAUAUCACUUUGAAUGAGCCCUUCUACCUAAAAUGUAGUGAGUUUGAACUUGCAAGUUGUUCCAUAAUAAUCACCGUGAAACCUGUGUUAAGUUCGAUGAUAUUUUUUGCCGAAACCGACCUCAACAGUUUGGAUUUAUUGCGAAAUGGAGAAAUGUAUCUGGGCGGCUUUCUGAAAGGAAUCUAUACAAACAUGUUGUCCUAAACAAAAUGGAGAAGAUAAGUAAUCGGUUUUAUCAGAACAUGAUGCUUUUAAUUCGUUGGAAAAUGGGAAGAUCCGCAGAACGAAGUUGUAUGAUUAUGUAUUCAUAAGUUGAUACAACAUUUGGUAUACUCUAAACAUUAUGGUAGAUCCACUUGUACAACGUAAGAUCACCGCUUAUGUAAUAUAGAAAAUUAUAUCGUAAAACACAAUUUAUCAUUCCAUAUUCGGGGACUGCGCCGUCCUCAAUAUAAAAAAGCAAUAUGGGGCUCCACCUCACCAGAGACUGUUCUAUGUAAG